GUAAAGAAUAGAGGGAAAAAUAGUUAAAUUGUGUAUAAAAAAGUUGUAGUAAAAAAAAUGAAUGAAAUACCUAAGUUUAGUAGUUUUAAAGGAAGACAAGAAAAACAGGGAGAAUUAUACAAGAAAGAAGGGACAGAAGAGUUAAUAGAUAAGUUAAAGAGGAGGGGAUUAAGUUUUGAAGAGGUAGAAGUUGAAAAAAAGGGGAAUGAUAAAAUAGACUAUAAAGAGAAAAAAAGAGAAAAAAAGAAAUGGUUUAUUAUUGAUUUAUUAGGAGAUAUAAACAAUAUAAAAUAUGGGAAAAAUGACAAGUAUUCGAUACCAUAUUAUGAAAGAUCGGGAAAAGGAAGAGUGAUUGGAUGUAAGGAAAAUAUAAGAAUGCGAGUUGAUCCAGAAAAUCCGAAUGAAAUUAUAUUAUAUCCAUUAUUGAACUAUAAUAAUUAUAAAAAAAAGGUUAAUUUUGAGUUUAAUGAGGAUUUGGAAUGUGUAGAAGAGAGUAAAGGAUUGAAGGAUAUUAAUGAAGUAAAUUAUCAGGAAAAUUAUAUUGCAUUUGAAAUUGAUGAUACAAAUACGUCAUGUAUAACAAAUGAUACAAGUAUUAUAUCCGAAAAAAUAGAAAAUGAUGAUAAUGUAUUACAUAUAUGGAAAAAAGGUGAUCCUCAAUUAGAAUUAAAAGAAUUAUCAAAAAAAGUGGAAGAAUCACCAUUAGAUUAUAAAUCAUGGUUAAAAUUAGCAGAUAUACAAGAUAAAAUAUUAUGGACAAAUAAUAAUAAAAAAUCUAAGGCGGAACAAUUAGCAAUUAAUGAGGUUAAACUUAAAAUAUUGGAAAAAGCAUUAUCACAUUGUCCUGAUAAUGAUGACCUUGUUCUAAAAUAUAUGUCUAUAAUAAUUUUAAUUUGGGAACCUCAAAAAAUAAAUUUAGAAUGGAGUAAAAUUUUAAAAAGAAGCUUAAGUUUGCCUCUUUGGAAAAAAUAUAUGGAUUUCUAUCAAACUAAUUCAAUAUCUUUUAGUUAUAGUGAAUGCCUUGAAAAUUUCAAAAACAAUCUUGAAAUUCUUAAAGAAGCAUCAAAAAAUGAGAAAUGCCAGAAAAAAAUAGAAAACAUAGAAGAAAUUAUACAAUAUGUUCUUAUUCGAAUAUGGUUUUAUAUGAAAGAAGCGGGAUAUAUAGAGAAUUCUAUUGCAUCUGUUCAAGCAUUAAUUGAAUUUAAUUUUUUUAUGCCAGAUAGUUUUUUGUGUAAUGUUAAUAAUGCUAGCUGUUUACAAGACUUUGAAGAAUUUUGGGAUUCAGAAGUUCCUAGAUUUGGAGAAGAUGAAGCUAAAGGAUGGAAAAAGUAUGAUAAUAAAUAUCAACAUAUAAUAUCAUUUGACAAAAAUUCUAACGAUAUAUCUCUUUCUAAUAAUGAAAAUAUAUCUCAAGAUAUUGAAGAUGAAUAUACAAAAUGGUAUAAACAAGAAACAGCUAAAAAUGUUUAUGUAAAUCCAAAAAGAUCUACUAAUACAGAUACUGAUAACGAUCCUUAUUCCAUAAUUUUUUUUUCUGAUAUUGAGCAGUUAUUAUAUUUCUUUACAUCGAAUAGAAUACGCUUAAACUUAAUAUAUUUUUCACUACAUUUUUUUGGAUUUUCACUGCAUAGGAUAGAUAAAACAUCUAACGAAUCACCUUUAUUGGAUUCAUUUAUACAAGAUUUUUCAUCAAUUGAUUCAUUUAAUUGGUUUUGGUCAAGCGAAUACUUAUCCUUAAAACUUUCUCAACAAUUCAAUAAAAAUACUAUUGAUUCUGAUUAUUUAUUAAAACAUUUUCAAAGUCCAGUACAUAUUAAAUUAAAAAAUUGGCCAAUAACUAUUGAUACUCUAUUUUCAAUUGAUAAUACUUGGUACCAAAAUAUCAAUUAUCAAGGAUUUAACAAAGAUUUUAUAAAAAAUUGUUUUGAACAAUUAAAAGAUAUAAUAGACGACGAUUUAUUUUCUAUGUUGCAUCUCUUAUUUUGGAAUUACUAUUCAUCAUCUGAUGUACGAAAAUUAGCCAAAUUUAUUCUUAAGAAAAAGCCUUUAAAUAUGAAAUUGUGGUGUGCAUACGCCCAAUUAGAAUAUCUUAACGGAAAUAUAUUGGAAGCAAGGAAAAUUUUUGUAAAUACAUUAAAAAAUAUUAAACCAGACCAUACUGAAAAAUCUUAUGACUAUAUUGUGGCUUAUAAACUAUGGGCAGAAAUAGAAAUGAAAAAUAACGAGAUUGAUAAUUCGAUCAAAAUACUAGUAUCUAUGGUAGAAAGCGAAUUAAACAUUAAAACAUUGAUAUUUAACAACGAAAAAAUACACUCGGAUUCUAUAUUAUUAAAGGCUCAAAAGUCUUUUCAGCACCUAAAUAGGUUAUCCUUAUCUUUUGGAAAUUAUAAAAUGCUUCGUUUAUUUACAGAAUGUCAUGCAUUGUUAAAUUAUUUAAUUAAAUCAUUAGAUAUUGCUCUAGAAGUAUAUUCUCAAACAAAAAAUGAUUUCAAUAAUUCAAUUAAUUCUAAUUCCAUUGAAUAUGAACAGCUUUUAACUUCAGAAUUGCAAUUACUUUACUAUUGUUCACAAACAACUAAAGUAUUCAAAAUCUCUACCAUUCAAGAUAGGGCAAGAAGUGCAUUAUCUAAAUUUCCUAAUAAUUGUAUAUUUUUAUCAAUAUUUAUCUGGUCAGAAGCGAAAUCAUUACUUAAAACAAAGAUCUAUCACUAUUUUGAAAAAAAUAUAUUUAAAGCUGUACAAUCAUCUUAUAUUGUUUUUCUUUCUGCAAUAUGGUCUGAGUUAUAUAUUAAUCCUUAUAACAUUAAUACGCAUGCAAUAAGAUCUUUAUUUGAAAGAGCAGUAGAAAAUCAAGAAACAAAAUCUGAUCUAAUAAUAUGGAAAUUAUAUAUCCAGUUUGAGAUACAACAUGGAACCUUAGAAAAAGGAAAAGCGAUUUUUUACAGAGCAAUUAGGGACUGCCCUUGGUCAAAAAAUCUUAUACUUAUUGCAUUUAAUGAAUUACGGUCACAAUUUAACUCUGAAGAAUUAACUAAGUUGUAUAACACUAUGAUUGAAAGAGAAUUUAGGAUUUCCAUAGAUUUAGAAAUUGCAAAAAAUAUACAAGAAACAAGCUACUCACGUCUAGCACAGCUACCACAGGAUAUAAGUAGUGAUGAAGCAAUGGAAUAGUUUUCAGACAUCAAAUAUUUAUCGAUAUAAAACUACCAAAUUAAAA